ACUAUAACAAUCGCCAUCCAUGAUCGGACGAGAAGCUCCACUUGCAGAGCUAUCGCGCGCGACGGGGCUGAACGCGGAUGCAUUCGAGUCUCCGCUGCCGCUCGUGAUCGUGUAUGGCGGCGCAUCCAGCGGUAAAAGCAUGGGAGUGGCACAAGCGCUGCGAGCACACCCGUCGCCCCAUGCUCUUGUGGAUUGCACGGCGCUCUACUCCGCCAAGGAAUUCUACCGUGAAGCACUGGCUCAGCUACAUGACGGCGCAAUGGUAGCCGAAUCGGAAGACGUGAGGGUCUCUGUUGAUGCUAAUGAGCCUGAAGAAAAUAAGAAUAAACAGGUGCAGGAUGACGAGAAAUUCAGCUCGCUCAACUUCCUGGGCUUUUUCAAAGCUCUCGAUAGGUUUAUGGAGCACAACACAGCUAAAGGGGAUGAACCGAGUCGACGCGUGUUGUAUCUGGCACUAGAUCACGUGGACAAGUUACUGGAUCGCGGAUUGGGGGCGGCUCUACUUACGUGUGUGUGCACGAUAAACGACCAGAUCUCGUACUUGAAUAUGUUUGAAGACUCUCCGCCAUGGGAAGCGUCUGUGUUACUGCUUACACGAGGAAUGUCGUUAGAUUUUGAUCGAUUGGUGAUGCCCUUCUUCCCUGCUUACGUGCACUUCCCACCAUACAAACCAGGGCAAUUGGCGGAUAUUCUGGUGGAACAAUUGGGUAUGAAGGAGGCGAACGAGAUGUUCCGUACCUGGCUGGUGCAUCUUCAUGGUCUGCUACCCCCUGCCCCGGAUGGAGAUUGGCUCGAGUUCCGAGCUGCCGUUGUACACUUGCUACCGGAGUUCCGAGAGCUGUUCCUGUUACCUGUUCAAGGUGUUGAAGCCUCCCGGAUGAAGACUAAACUCGAGCGUGAAACCAAAGGCCUCGUACAUGCCUUCCUACAAACACGGAGACGCCAUCUUUUUGGCUACCACAAGUUGGGGAGCGGCGUUGGUGACCCGUCCGAGCUCAUUUCGUGCACCAACCUGAGUCGGAACUGCCUUCUGCUCGUGCUUGCAGGCUACUUGGCGUCGUUCAAUCCUCAAGAAACCGAUGUGCGCUUCCUCUCUUCUUCAGGCGGACAGCGUCGCAAAAAGCGUGCCAAGAAGAACCCCGAUGGCGAGUCCAGUUCAACAACAACCACGUCGACUAGCAGCAAGAAGCAGCAGAUCAGUCAACUGCUCGUUGGCCCUCGGAUCUUCACGUUGCAGCGGCUUCUAGCCAUCUACCUGAACCUCCGCGUCGAAGCUGAGGCUGGAAACUCUGCUAAUGACGAUGGACCGCGCUCUUCUGAAACACGCGAGGAAGUUUUCACUCAUGUAAGUCUUCUGUGGCAUUUCUCGAUCGCUUUAAUUCUAACCUUGCGUCAAUAUUUUAUGUGCUUCUAGCUCGCAACUCUCGUUCGAAUGCAGCUUUUCCAACGUACCACUCCACCGCAUGUGCUGGACAACAUCAAGUUUCGGUGUCUCGCUGAUGCUCGCUUUGUUCAGGAAACCGCGCGCUAUCUGUCCUUCCCCUUAGACGCUUACCUCAACAGAGCCACAUAGCACAGAUAAUUGCAAUGAAUCGGUAUAUUAUACGUAUGCUCUCGCCU